AUGCCGGAGCACUCGAAUCGCGAUAAAUUUGGGCCAAUGCUUUCUGCUUCGGCUGUUGAUCUAUGUAGCGUCAGCAACGAGUGUUGGAUAACGCAGAGCGAUCCCGCCGAGCGUAGGAGGAUCCAGAAUCGUCUCAAUCAACGAGCCUUUCGUCAGCGUCAACGAUCAGGGUUGUCGCCCAAGCAAUACAGACCGCGAAGCGAGCGAAGCGAAUCCGACGGACCGUCCUCUGUGAUCGAAGACGAUGAAGAAACACCUUCUCCAAUGGAAGAGGAAAGUCCAGUUCUGAUGCAGGACCGCACUUGUUGGGACGAGCUUGCGCAUCUCAUCAACCGCAAUCUCAUGGCCGCGAGUAUCUCCAAUGGACGACAUCUUUGCAUCAACGCCGAGACUCUGCAGAUGGCGAAUCCGUAUCUGACACCACGCUGUCGCAGGACACAUUGUCCAGAGGCCCUCAAGCCGGUUCAGCUUCAACAUGAGAUAGCGCACGAUCCCAUACUGGACAUAAUUCCUCAUGCCCGCUUCCGAUUCAACGUGCUUCGCGGGAUUUUGACGGGCCAGCUGGAUUCGAUCGCCUUCUCGAAUUGUAUCCGCCACUCUGGAGCGUUGGAAAACGUGGAUGGAACAUGGCAGCGUGGCGGUUUGCUGGUCUGGAGUACACCGGAUCAAUUGGCGAGCUGGGAGCUUUCGGAGACGUUUGUGCGGGAAUGGAGAUUUCUCCUGCAAGGCUGCGAAGAUAUGGUGCGAUUCACAAAUGCCUCAAGGGCUCGGAGAGUUCCGUUCGCCUGGCCCGAGGCCUCCAUCUCCUCUCAAACAAUCGACGUCGUCGCUCGUCAGGUCCGGCCUACGCGGCACAGGCACAGUAUGGACGGUGAUCUACGGCGCGAGCCAUUUCCCGCCCAAAGUCGCCCAGACACCACCAGCGAGCCGCAGCCAGUACCGGAUUUCUCUCCAGCGCGGCCCAAGCGCACUUCUCGCGCGACUGCGAAGCCCGCGGUUAUCUCGUCCAUCAUCUCGUCGCUGGAAACAGACACUCUCACCCCAUUGCCCGACUCCAGCGACUUCUACUCCGACGCCGCAAACAGGCGGACUCCACACGCGCGCAACCAAUCAUCCGAAGCCUCCAUCUCCAGCAGAUCCUCCGCACACCGUGGGCCUACAUCGCCGGGGUUUGGCGUGGAGUAUGGCACUGGCCCAGCACGCAACGACGACGACGACGGCCUGAGUGACGCCGCUAUUUCGCCAACGGUCCCAACGUCGCGCCCGGCGUCUGGUUUGUCCCACCGUACCUCCGCCAACAACCUGCGAUCUUCCUCUUUCACCUCAAAAUCGAUCUCGAAACCAAGGUCCCGGCCGGCGUCCGUUAGCACUCGACGUGGUCAGAUUAAUUCUCGGCGGAGCUCCCUUUCGGCGGUGAGCAUUGGCAGCGUGCCCGAACACGCGAGCGUAGAACGUCUGCGCUCACACAAGAGCUGGGAUGAGAAUGUGGUAGAGGUCGCACACUCGCGCACAUCGGACAAGGAGAAUGAGUCGUCGAAGGACUCCUUUGCAAGCUCCAUAGCCUCGCCUUCAAAGCGCAGCGGAGGUAUAUUUUCGCUUUCGCUCGCUGAGCGAAUCAUAGCAAGGAAUAGCCCAAAGCCAUCUUCGCCGAAGACCAUGGAACAUCAGGCUGAUGCCGAUGCGCCAACAUCCAAGGAGCAGCUCCCAGACUCUGUGCCUUCUAUAACAGUGGCCACGGAAGCUCCCAACCACUCCGAGCGCCGACAAAGUGCUGCCAGUGCCAGUACCACGUCGGGCGGACUUUCGCCCAGCGGUGAAACUGCAAGGCCAUUGUCUGGUGCGCCUGGCCUGAUCGCGGACUCUGUGCCAACGAGAACAUCUUCGUUGCGGCACAGUCUGGGUCCAGGUCCGAGACGAAAGGGCAAGAAGACCAGGAAAUCGACAAUGGCAACACCAGCCAUGUCGUACAAAACGUCCGACACCAUUCCAGAUUCGAAAUGGGCGGACUUGGGAGAUGAAGACGAGACGGUGAAGCGGAUCAAGGAAUUGAGAGAACGACGGAAAUCACGACUCAAAGAUACGAUUGUGUCCGAGCCGGCCGUCGAGCCAAGCUUGGAGAAUUUUGCCGUCAAGGAUAUGCAUGCUGCUGAUAUGGCGGCUGAUGUGCCCAGUGACUCUGGAAGACAGGCUUCUCCCAGCCGAUCGCGUCCGAAUGGGAAUGUGAUGACAACACCCGCCCUCACCAAAAAAGUCACGCCACUUCCGGGGCCCAAAGGCGCGCAAGCGCGCGGCUCAAAGAUACCUGUUCCCGUUCCGCGUGCUGACAUAGGCAUGCCGAAGCAUUCCUUGGACUCGAAGCGACCUUUGUCGUCACACAGCCCGACGCCCUCUGAUUAUUCGAGUCUUCAGCAGCUUUCACUAGAUUAUUCAUAUAAUGAUGCUGUGAACAGGUUCCGCGGCGCAGAAUAUCACGCCAUCGGAGGAGAACCGGCAUAUCGAUCUGGGGCCUCGAGUCCGAGUCCGUUGUGGCUGCAAGGCUUAGAUCUUCCAACACCGCCUAAGAAUGCAUCGCGUCCUGCGACUCCCAACAAAGCAAAAUCUAUCAAAAUGCAGAAAUCGCCGAAAGCGAAUGGAAGCAAACAGCGCGACGAGUCCGUGGAUUCUGCGAAGAAGAAAGGCCGAAGAAAAUCAAUGGGCGAUGCUCGUCCGCCGCGCGAUCUGGGCGAGGUGCCUUCGCUGCCGCGCAGAGACAGUAUAGAGGACGAUAUUGUUACAUUCCUGGCUGCUCCACGACUCAACAGCAAACUUCGACAUCCCGUCACUGGCCGCAUCAUAGCAUUUUCAGAAGUAGGCGAUCCCAAAGGAGCCGCGGUGUUCAUCUGCGUCGGUAUGGGUCUUACGCGAUAUGUGACGGCGUUUUACGACGAAUUGGCCGCAACAUUGGGUCUGCGACUCAUCACGCUGGAUCGUCCCGGAGUUGGCGGAAGUGCACCGGUACCAUCAACAGAUAAGUCAGGACCGCUGGGAUGGGCCGAGGACGUCUUUGCUAUCUGCCAGCAUCUCCGAAUUCCAAACUUCAGCCUCCUUGCCCACUCGGCCGGAGCUGUCUAUGCGCUCGCCACUGCACUGGUCUACCCGCAUAUGAUCAAGGGUAAAGUGCAUCUCCUUGCGCCAUGGGUCCCACCGAGCCAGCUGGAGGCCAUCUCAUAUGCGGAGACCGGUACGCCUGCCCAACCUCUCCCACGAAGUCAGCGCUUUCUGCGAGUCAUUCCGGCGCCGUUCUUGAAAGCUGCAAAUACCUCUUUCUUGACCGCGACGUCAGCAUCCCUGAAGCCGGUCAGUAAGAGGAAGAACUACAGCAACAUGAAGACUCCAAUACGCCCAACGCACGAGCUUCCACCAAGACCAGCAUCAAGUGACGAUCGACCUGAUGACAAUCGUCGAAUGUCCAUGAUGCUAAUGGACCAGUACAUGCCCGAAACGACGCCGCUCGAAGGCUGGCCUCUCAGCAAUAGCGAAGACGGAAGUCUGAGUCCGGGAAUGAGUCACAAUUCUUUGAUCUUGACUGCCACCGCCGUCCCUACUGAUCCCAGCUUCACCUACGCCUCAAGCGGCCUCAACGCCGCCGAACACGCCGAAAGUCAGCGUCAAGCAGAGUACACCACUCGUCUGACACAGCGCACAUGGGACCUCGCCACCCGCGACAGCAAUCCUGCGACUGAUCUCCUGGUGUGUCUCGAGCGGCACCGAGAUGUCGGUUUCCGUUACACGGACGUUGGCCGCGACAUGAUCAUCACCCACGGCGAUGACGAUAAGCGUGUGCCUAUCGCGAACAUUAAGUGGUUGGCCGCGCAAAUCAACCGACGGGCGCUCUCGCAAAGUCUGGAGUCGCAUGUGAGAAGGAGCCGGUCUUCAUGGGCAGACCCGCAGCGCUCGCAGACGAGAUGUGAGGUGAGAGUCCUUCCGGGCGAGGGGCAUGGAUUGAUGGCCAGUCCUAGCAUCAUGAGUGAUGUGCUGGAGGAGAUCGCUGGUUACUGGCGGACACAAAGAUAGGUGGAGGGGUAUGCAACGAGGGUCAAGAGAAGGAACAAGGACGAACGGCUGCUGCCGUGGUGUGCGGUCACAUGUGAAGAGCAUGUCCGCACGUGCGUGUGAUAGGGAGGAAUGUGAUCUGCGUGUGAAGAUACCCCUGUUUUUCCAAGGUCAAAGGCUGAUCAGUGUGCGUUCUGUAGUCUAAUCAUUAACU